ACGCACGAGCUGAGGCGUCGCGAAAUGAACAGCGCGCCCAGCUGGCCGUGAAUCAAUUAGCGAGAAAUACGCGGGAGACGCGGAUCAGACUGAAACAAAUUGUCGCGAAAAAAGAUGGUCGAUUGUUACUAAAUUCGCGGUACCGUUGCUGGACGCAGGAGUGAUUGUCCGAGCGCGCACUGUCAACCAAAACAUUGGAACUCAAAGAAGUCCCUCUUCGAAUUUUAGCCGGCUUUGUGGCGUCGUGUCAAGAAGAAAUAUACUAUUGUAUGUCUGUGAGGAUAUAUAAUGCGUGUCGUUGAUACUUUUGAUAUUUCGGAGUAUUUCCAAAGAAUCGGGAUAAUCAUUUGAGAAAAUAUCUCAUGACCAGUGGCUAGUGUCGAUCUUUUAUAAUAUAUCGCGCAAGAUACAAUCGGAUAGUUGUAUCCUGUAUUAUUAUUUUUAUCAGUACGAAUCCUUUUCCGGUCUUAAGUUUGCUUAUUUUAAAUUAAUUUCAUUCUGUCUUAUUAUUGCACCUAACCAAUGGGAUCCUCGCUGUUACGGUGAUUGUGUUUUUAUCCGAUCAUCGCACGGAACACGCUUCGCUCUAUUACGUCGCUCGAUAUAAGAAGGAAUUCCUAUCUUGUGCCGCGUUAAAACUUCACUGAAAAUUGCGUCGAUUUUUCGUGCAAGGGAUAUAUAUCUUCUUGGAUGCUGUUUGGAACUCGUAGAACGAUUCAGGAAAGAUUGCCUUUAUCAAACAUCGGCUGUAACCUGCAACUUUGUUCUCGUUAUUGCUGUGCUUAGUGUAGAAUAUUACUGUGUUUCCUUGUAUCUUCUGUGUGAGACUUGUGCUAGUUUUCCUAUAAGUGAUAUAUUUUCAUCUGUUUCAAGAUUGCUAAUUGAUGUCAGAAGAAAGAAUAAAUAAAUCAUGAGAAAACAAUGAAAGUCAAUGGGAUCCAGUUAGACUAAACAUGAAUUUAUGUCAUAUGUAUUUGACAAUAACAAAUUGCAAGUUUGAACAAUAUCAUUAAGAAUGGAUCACAUACAGGAAGUACGGCAGCUGGAGUUGUUGUGCAAGCAGUUAUAUGAAUCACAAGAUUCAGCACAUCGUGCAGAGGCUGAAAAGGCUUUGGUUGGUUUCCAAAAUGCUCCAGAUACACUUGCUAAGUGUCAGCUGCUUUUGGACCGUGGAGAUUCUGCUUAUGCCCAAUUGUUGGCUGGCACUACUCUUACAAAAUUGGUGUCUAGGUCAGCACAAGGGCUCAGUCUACAACAGAGGCUUGAUAUACGAAACUAUGUCCUUAACUACUUAGCAACGCAACCCAAGUUGCCAAACUUUGUGAUACAGGCAUUGGUUACACUGUUUGCGAGAAUAUCCAAACUGGGUUGGUUCGAUUCAGACAAGGAAGAAUUUGUCUUUAGAAAUGUCGUCAAUGAUAUUACAAAAUUUCUUCAGGGCUCAGUAGAGCAUUGUAUGAUAGCUGUACAGCUCCUUUCACAAUUGACAUGCGAGAUGAAUCAAAUAUCCGAAGUCGAUGCAAAUAGGUCACUUACAAAACAUCGAAAAAUUGCUAGUAGUUUUAGGGACACGCAACUCUUUGAAAUAUUCAGGUUAUCGUGUUCCCUUCUUGGAACAGCGCGGGAGAACUGCAAAAGUUUAAAUUUUAAUGAUGAAGCACAGCAUGGAUUGAUGACACAACUUUUGAGGCUUGCACAGAAUUGUCUUACCUUUGAUUUCAUUGGAACGUCCACUGAUGAAAGUUCUGACGAUCUCUGUACGGUUCAGAUACCAACGAGUUGGAGACCAGCAUUUUUAGACUUUGCGACAUUGAAACUCUUUUUCGACCUUUAUCACAGCCUUCCGAACUCACUGUCUGCUUUAGCCCUUUCGUGUUUAGUUCAAAUAGCAUCUGUCAGACGAAGUUUAUUUUCGAAUACCGAGAGAGCCAAAUUUUUAACACACUUAGUAAACGGAGUUAAACAUAUUUUACAAAAUCCUCAAGGCCUUAGCGAUCCCGGGAACUAUCACGAAUUUUGUAGAUUGUUAGCACGUUUAAAGAGUAACUAUCAACUUGGCGAAUUGGUAAUGGUUGAAAAUUACCCAGAAGCGAUACAGCUCAUUGCAAAGUUUACCGUACAGAGUUUACAAAUGUGGCAAUUUGCACCAAACAGUGUGCAUUAUCUUCUCAGUCUUUGGCAGAGAAUGGUAGCAUCGGUACCUUAUGUAAAAGCAACUGAACCACAUUUGUUAGAAACUUAUACGCCCGAAGUUUCAAAUGCAUACAUCACGUCAAGAUUAGAGUCUGUAGCAGUAGUAGUUAGAGAAGGUUUAGAGGAUCCGUUAGAUGAUUUGGGAAUGAUACAACAACAGUUAGAACAGUUAUCUGUGAUUGGGAGAUGUGAAUACCAAAAAACCUGUACCCUAUUAGUUCAGCUGUUUGAUCAGGCAGCUAGAACUUAUCAGGAAUUAAUGGCACAGACAGCAACACCUGCUCAGCAAAUGGACAUAACGAUACAGGAAGGACAACUAACAUGGCUUGUAUACAUAAUUGGUAGUGCCAUCGGUGGUAGAGUAUCAUUUAACAGCAACGAGGAACAUGACGCGAUGGAUGGUGAAUUGGUCUGCAGAGUUCUUCAGUUGAUGAACCUAACUGAUUCAAGAUUAGCACAGGGCGGCUGUGAAAAACUUGAACUGGCUAUGUUAAGUUUCUUCGAACAAUUUCGAAAGAUAUAUGUAGGUGAUCAGAUUCAAAAAAAUUCCAAAGUGUAUAGAAGACUGUCAGAAGUGUUGGGUCUUAGUGAUGAGGCCAUGGUACUCAGUGUAUUUAUUAGGAAAAUAAUAACAAACUUGAAGUACUGGGGAAGAAGCGAACAAAUUAUAUCGAAGACUUUGCAGCUUUUGAAUGAUCUCUCAGUGGGCUAUAGUUGUGUACGCAAACUUGUGAAAUUAGAGGAAGUACAGUUCAUGCUGAACAACCACACAAGCGAACACUUUCCUUUUCUGGGAAACAGCGUUGCUGUUACGGAAAUGCGCUGCAGAUCAAUGUUUUACACAUCGCUUGGCAGAUUGUUAAUGGUCGAUUUAGGGGAAGACGAAGAGAGGUUUCAUACAUUUAUGUUGCCCCUCACAGCUGCUUUGGAAAGCCUUGGUCAGUUAAUGGGUGCUGCGGACACUCCCCUAUUCGCAGCAGAAGAAGCCAAAAAAGCCCUGAUCGGUCUUGCUCGAGAUCUCAGAGGACUGGCUUACGCCUUUAACACAAAAAAUUCUUACAUGAUGCUGUUUGACUGGAUAUAUCCUAAUUACACACCUAUUUUAUUACACGCCGUGGAACUGUGGCAUCACGAACCGCAAGUGACUACGCCCGUCCUAAAAUUAUUUGCGGAGUUAGUACAAAAUAGAAGCCAACGUUUACAAUUCGAUGUAUCCUCGCCAAAUGGGAUUCUACUCUUUCGCGAAGCCAGUAAAGUUAUAUGUAGCUAUGGUAAUCAUAUACUGAACGUCGAAGUACCCAAGGACCAGGUUUAUCCAUUGAAGCUCAAGGGGAUAAGCAUAUGCUUCAGUAUGUUGAAGGCAGCAUUAUGUGGGAGCUAUGUAAACUUUGGAGUAUUUAGGUUAUACGGGGAUGAGGCAUUGGACAAUGCUCUAAAUACAUUUGUGAAAUUGCUCCUUAGUAUACCACAAAGUGACUUAUUGGAUUAUCCAAAAUUGUCCUCUACAUACUACGUGUUACUGGAGUGUCUAGCCCAGGAUCACAUGGCCUUUCUCUCGACGUUGGAACCCAGGGUCUUUCUCUACAUCCUGUCAAGUAUCAGCGAAGGCCUUACGGCACUAGGUGCGCUAAAAGACUCCUACACAGACACUAUGGUUUGCACUGGCUGUUGCGCUACGUUAGAUCACAUUGUGACGUAUCUAUUCAAACAACUCUAUCAAAAAGCUGGUGUAUAUCCAGGCAAAAAGAAUGCAGUAGUUCCAGGAGGAGGGGAGCUAUUUUUACAAGUCCUGAAGCAACAUCCUGAAAUCUUACAACAAAUACUGAGUACCGUUUUAAAUGUAAUAAUGUUCGAGGAUUGUAGGAAUCAAUGGAGCAUGUCCAGGCCUCUCUUGGGUCUAAUACUUUUGAACGAAGAGUAUUUCAAUCAGUUAAGAGAGAACAUAAUUAGGAGUCAACCGGUUGAUAAACAGGCGACAAUGGCACAGUGGUUCGAGAACCUUAUGGAUGGUAUUGAAAGAAAUUUACUCACAAAAAACAGAGAUAAGUUUACACAAAAUCUGUCGAUGUUCAGGAGAGAUAUAAACGAUUCCCUAAAAGGACCCAGUAUGUCAACGAAUUCAGUCAGUGAUAUGAUGACUUCGUAGUGACUCCGCUCCCUUCGGGUUAGGUUCCCCUGGGCUCUUGUCUGCCAAAUGCUUGAAUGUGCGAGUGCAAGUGUAUCUAUAAAUUAUGGUGGAAUUACGAUUCUAGUUUUAAUUGAGUAUAAUUCAGUACUGAGAUUUUACAUAAACACUGCUGAUUGGCUUCCUAUUGCCAGUAAUUGCAAUUUCAUUCCUCGAGAGUUUAACACCUUAAACUUGAUCAUAUAGAGCAUCACUUUUGUUUUCCAUUCUUCUAAUUAUUUACAUAAGUUUAAUAAACAGAGACAUUAAAUCAAUGCCAUGAUUUCUUUUAUAAGUUCAAUCGAUCUUUACAUCGAUUUUACAUCUCAUGGAGAAUAAUAUUUUUGUUUUCCUACCUCUUUUCCUAUUCUUUUAUACUGUCAAUAAAAACGAAUAUAUAUGAAAGGUGAAAGCGUGGGUUUAAAAAUAGGAAGUCGCGAAGCAGUUAACGUGUAGAUAUACGGUAUUAAGUCCUUUGGUGUUUCUUUUAGACACGUAGUAUGCUUCCAUUCGUUUGAAUGUGCCAGUUUGAUUGAUGUUUCAUUUCGGAUCGAAAUUUGUAUUAGCCACAAAGAGUGUAGUGUAAAUGUGGACUGCGGCCUUAAAAGCUGUUUGUGGCAAUGUUGUCUUGUGUGGCGACGGAACUUUAUUGGGGCUAACAUUUGGGAACCAGACCGAAAAUUGGAUCCAUUCGAGGAUAUGACUAUUACAGACUAUAUCAGUCAGUCAGUUGUGAACUAAUGUGAAUGAUGUACAUGAAGAUAUCAUUAAACAAUAUCAUAUAAGAGGCCAUAGUUAUUAUUACUAUGACUAUAUUACUAUUACUAUUAAUACUAUUAUUAUUAUUAUUACUGCUACUACAAUAUUACUAUUACUAUUACAUAUUAUUAUCAUUAUAACGGAAAUAGAUCAUAAAAGAGUAAGUAAAGUAAACAAAUUUGUUACACGGGUUGGCUUGCUGUCAACAUGCAUGGUAUAUAUAGUCUGUCCAUUUUACAAGCGAUAAAAGUAUCCGUUCGAAAUGGGCGAUAAAAAUACCCCAAUUUCUAACAGUUAAACAAUGUACUCAGGAUCACCCUGUGGCAUUUACGUCUAGUCCUCACCUACCGUGCGGGGAAUAUCAGGCCUACAAAAUAUUUUGUUCUCUUGUACACGAGGCCAGUACUUCAUCUAUAUUCGCUAUAGACGAUUCACUAUUGGUAUCAGACGAGUGAAAAUUAUCCUCAUUAUUUUGAUGACACCUACAUCCAUCGGUUAACGCAACUUUAAAUCAACGUAUAGUCGCACGAUCGUCUCAUCGUUGCGACUUAACUUUAAAUGCAUGUUGAGGGCAAUCGGACGAUGUGGAAUUGUGAGAGUCGAUUAUCGGCCAGCAAACCGUAUGUAUUGUCGUACCGGUUCAUUACAUAGAGUUUUACCGUUUUAACCAUAGUAUCCGAUAGAAAUUCGUAUUUCUGCGAUACCAAUUCAGGUGCGGUUACUAUAACGCGAUAAAAUAUAUAGUUUUCAUACGCGCAGUCAUCACCCGACACAAAGGCAGUAUUGUUAAGUCACAAAUAACACGUAGGUCCUCGUGGAAAUGGACGAUUAACUAUAGAUUGUUAAGUAGAACGUGGUGAUGCGCAAUAGAUGAACUCCGUGCCGUUCCUUUUUUUUUUUACCAUUGAUACCUUUGUACUUGUGAUAAUCGUGUCGAUAUGUCGCACCUCGAUUUUGAAUGCCAUUUUAUAAUCCAUGAAAUAUGUCACGUUUAAUUUUAGUUUUGCUGAUACAACAAUACAGCUUUUCUUAUAUCUUCAAUAGCAAUCUCUUUUUUAUAAUUUCAUUGCUUAGGAUUUUAUAGGAUCAGUUAAUAUGGAACUUUGGCAUUCAGAAUAUAUUUUCAUCUUAUCAAGAAGCUAUUGCAGGAGUCUUGGAAAACGGUACUUUCGUAAUAGUUCUUUGAAUAGCUUACUAUGACUUUUUGUUUUCUUUACAUUGAAUUAAUUUUAUCUAAUGAAACAUUCUCGAUGUGAAAUAAUUUGUAUGAUUAGAGUGUAAAGCCGCGAGGCCCUGUGCACGUACGGAGAUAAACUUUGAAAGGGGUAAUACCCGAAAUAUAGUAUAAAUAGAUACAAAUUA